CUUGCCGACCACCGUUGUGUAUUCGGAUUUUUGUAUUUGAGUAUACACUUUUUUUCGGCAGUCCUGUUCAUUGAUUUUUCGCUUUCCAAUUGGAAAGUUGGGACACAGAAUCCCCGAGAGAUAAGCACAGAUUCCAAAGAUCUCCGAAAACAUGUCGGAGGCGGCAGUUCCGGCGAGCAAUGCCAAUGCGAAUGCCACUGAAAAGAUGGCAAGUUUGGUCCGAGAGGCGGAAAACCUGAAGACCAAGCUGGAGGAGGAGCGUCAGAAGCUGAAUGAUGUGAACUUGUCGAAUAUCGCCGAACGGCUGGAGCAGAUCGCCUAUGUGAACAUCAAGCCGCGCAAAGUGCUCAAGGGUCACCAGGCGAAGGUCCUGUGCACCGACUGGAGUCCCGACAAGCGUCACAUCAUCUCCUCGUCGCAAGACGGUCGGCUGAUUAUCUGGGAUGCGUUCACCACGAACAAGGAGCACGCCGUUACCAUGCCCACAACCUGGAUCAUGGCCUGUGCCUACGCUCCAUCGGGAAAUUUCGUAGCUUGCGGUGGACUGGACAACAAGGUCACCGUGUAUCCGAUCACUUCGGAUGAGGAGAUGGCUGCCAAGAAGCGGACAGUGGGCACCCACACCAGCUACAUGUCGUGCUGUAUUUACCCGAACUCGGAUCAGCAGAUCCUCACGGGCAGCGGUGAUUCCACCUGCGCCCUGUGGGACGUGGAGUCGGGUCAGCUGCUCCAGAGUUUCCACGGGCAUUCCGGGGAUGUGAUGGCCAUCGAUCUGGCUCCCAACGAAACCGGCAACACCUUCGUCUCCGGCAGUUGUGAUCGCAUGGCUUUCAUCUGGGACAUGCGCUCUGGUCAUGUGGUGCAGUCCUUCGAGGGCCAUCAAUCGGAUGUGAAUAGCGUCAAGUUCCAUCCUUGCGGCGAUGCCAUUGCCACGGGAUCCGAUGACAGCAGCUGUCGGCUGUACGACAUGCGGGCGGAUCGCGAGGUGGCUGUUUUCGCCAAGGAGAGCAUUAUAUUUGGUGUGAACUCAGUGGACUUUUCGGUCAGUGGAAGGCUGCUGUUUGCUGGCUACAACGAUUACACCGUCAACUUGUGGGACACCCUGAAGUCCGAGAGGGUUUGCCUGCUCUACGGGCACGAGAACAAGGUGUCCUGCGUCCAGGUCUCGCCAGAUGGCACCGCUCUAUCCACCGGAAGUUGGGACUACACCAUUCGCGUGUGGGCCUAAGCCAACUAAAACCAAGUAUUGUUUGGCGGCAUUUUGUCCAGGACAAAUGCUUCCUCGCUUUGUUUCCCCAUCUAGUCUCUGAUUGUUUUGUUUGUUUUUUUUUUUUUUUUGAGGUGCAUCUCUAGGAUAGUUAACUUACGGAUUUGGUAAUCCCUCAAAUGUGUACAUAUGUCUCAUAUCGGGAUUUAUAGUCUAUGUCUUGGUUAUCGCAGUGUUAUGCUUAUUAAAAACUGCUGUACUAUAGUGAAUUCAAAUAUAUAUACAUAUAAAUGUGAACACCAGGUCUGUGUAUCUAAUAACGUGUAACCAUUAUGCGACUAGUUGUAAGUUCUGUUCGAAAUAAAUGUUGAGCGAUUGAUAAA